AUGGUCCGUCAUAAAAAGGAUUUCGCAAAGGGCAGGAAAGGAGGCCCAACCCCGCGUCGAGGACCCCGCCGUGAUGAUGAGGAUGGUGAAUCCUCGCGCCCAGCUUUCAAGGCUGCCUGCUGGGACUUGGGCCACUGCGAUCCCAAGCGCUGCUCUGGAAAGAAGCUCAUGAAGCUUGGAAUGAUGCGCGACCUGCACCUCGGCCAGCGCCAUAACGGAGUUAUCAUCACUCCCAAUGGAAAACAUACUGUCUCCCCCGCCGACCGCGAGAUCAUGGAUCAAUAUGGCGCUGCUGUCGUCGAAUGCUCCUGGGCGAGAACGCAGGAGGUUCAGUGGAACAAAGUCGGUGGCAAGUGUGAGCGAUUGCUGCCCUACCUUGUCGCAGCAAACACAGUCAACUAUGGCAAACCCUGGCGGCUGAACUGUGUUGAAGCCCUGGCUGCUGCAUUCUAUAUCUGCGGCCAUGCAGACUGGGCCGAGCAAAUUCUAGCACCCUUCUCUUACGGCCCCUCCUUUCUCGAGAUCAACUCCAGCUUGCUCAAGCGAUAUGCGGGGUGUGCUGAUGAGGCGGGCAUAAAGAAGACGCAGGAGGAGUGGAUGGAGCAGCUGGAGAGGGAAUACGCGGAGAGCAGAGAAGAAGGCAAUGAUGAUAUGUGGACCAGUGGAAAUACGAACCGAAGGCGUAUGGAUUCCUCUUCCGAAGACGACGACGACGACGACGAUGGCAGUGACGAGGAGGAAGAGGGCAGUGUAGAUGGGAUAUACCUGGGCAAGAAACCGCCCAAGCCUCAGCCAGAAGAAGAGGAAGAGGAAAAGGACCGGUACGCAAUAUCCGACGACUCAGAUGACGAAGACACAAUGGCCGAGAUCCGUCGCAAAGUCCUUGCCUCAAAGACCUUCGCCAACCCCAAUCCCGAUCAACAAGAGGAGAAGAAACCAGCCACCAUCCCAAAUCCGCACCAGCAUCAGCAGCAGUUCAAGCCCAACACGAGCGUGCAGCCUGACUCGGACAACGAAAGGAGUAGGAGCGACGACGAUGGCGAUGAAGACGAUGAGUUUGAUAACAUCAUCGAGGCCACACCUGUGACUGAUCGUAUUGGUUUGGCCAAGUUGGAAAAGGAGCGCUCGCAGGCUACUGUGACGACAAGAACAUUUUCGUCAAAUGCUGUUGGUGCGCCAUCUAGAAGUUGA